AUGGCUGAACGAAACCACCUGAACGCCUAUUCAGGCCCCAAUUCUAUGCGGGACUACUUCGAUCCGGACUGUCAGCCUAUGCUCCCUCUUGUUGAGAUUCCACGAUCUCUUAACCCAUACUAUGACGAUGGCGUGAGGAUACACGCGAAGAUGAUGUCCAUGCAUCCUGCAAACAAUGUCAAGAUCAUGCCAGCACUGAACAUGUUGGCACAAGAGGUCGACCCAGCCAAGUCAAAGACUGUCAUCGAAUACAGCUCCGGCUCCACUGUCAUCUCUCUGGCGCUCGCUUCGCGCAUCAAUCAUGGUAUACAAGACAUACGCGCUUUUCUGAGCAACAAGACUUCACCAGCAAAACUCAGACUGAUGCAAUUCUUCGGCCUUAACGUGACACUGUUCGGCGGACCAUCGCAGCCAGAGCCGCUCGACGAACGUGGUGGAAUUCAUCGAGCCAGAGUAUUCGCUCAGCAGGAUCCGUCGGUUCUGAAUGCAAACCAGUACGAGAACGAUGCAAACUGGCAAUCCCAUGUGAGGUGGACUGGCCCACAAAUCCAUGAACAGCUUCCCCAUAUCAAUGUCAUCUGUGCAGGCAUGGGUACAUCAGGCACAAGCACCGGUCUUGGACAGUACUUCAAGCACGCCAAACCUUCCGUGACGAGACUGGGCGUCUGCACUGCAGCCGGCGACCGAGUGCCCGGCCCACGCUCGCUCGCGCUUCUCAGCCCCGUGGAGUUCCCCUGGCGCGACUCCGUCGACGCGAUCGAGGAAGUCGGCUCUGUGGACGCGUUCGGCAUGUCGCUGAAGCUAUGCCGCGAGGGCCUGAUUUGCGGGCCAUCGUCAGGUUUCAACUUGCAAGGACUGCUCACUCAUCUCGGUAAGCGCAAAGCCGCAGGCACUCUCGGAGAACUCGCUGGCCCGUAUGGGAUCAUCAACUGCGCCUUCAUCUGCUGCGAUCUGCCCUACCAAUACGUAGACGAGUAUUUCGACAAGCUGGGCAGCGCGCCCUUUCCGCCUAUCCACAAUGAAAACCUCGCCGCCGUCGACUCGCACCGCUACGACGCAUCCUGGGAACUCACCCCUUCCACCGCCCUCACCCAAUUCGCCGACACCCACCCCACCCCCGGCGCCACCCUCCUCGACCUGCGCAAACCCGCCGACUUCGCCGCCUCCCACGUCCCAGGCGCCUACAACCUCCCCUUACGAAGCGCAGACCGCAGCACGCCGUCCCCCUUCGCCGACGCCGCCGUGCUGGACGCCCAGUGGCGCGAGCUCAGCGCCGCGUUCACGCCGGACCGCAUCGGCGCGCAUGAGCUGGCCGGCCGCGAGGUGUUUGUGGUGUGCUACGCGGGGGACACGGGGCGGGUUGCGACGAGUGUGUUGCGGGCGCGGGGGAUCAGGGCGUUUAGUGUGCGGGGCGGGCAUGCGGCGGUGGGGAGGGAGGUGCCGGGGCUGAGGAUGAGUGGGGUGGGGAGGGGGUUGCGGAAGCAGGAUUGGCUUGGGGAGGAGGGGAUGGGGAAGGGGUUGAGGGUGGAUUCUGUGAGUGAGGUCGUUGUUGGGCCGCCGUGA